AGCGGUAGUAUUAGGUUACAGCAGCAUUGGUUGGGGUUCCCGGUUCGCUCCGUUAGGCAUAUAGCAAAAAAUUAGUAGCGGCGCGUGAUUUGCAUAAAUAGAAUAGCUGAAAGCAGUACCAGCUAAGGGCCGUUGAGGAGAGGAGAGGAGGAGAAGAAAGGAGCAAAGAAGAUAUGGUGAGACUGACAGCCGACUUGAUUUGGAAAAGCCCUCAUUUCUUCAAUGCCAUCAAGGAACGCGAAUUGGAUCUUCGAGGUAACAAGAUUCCUGUAAUUGAAAACUUGGGUGCUACUGAGGACCAAUUUGAUACGAUUGAUUUGUCUGACAAUGAGAUUGUCAAGCUGGAAAACAUGCCAUAUCUUAAUCGGUUGGGCACUUUGAUAAUUAAUAACAACAGAAUUACCCGAAUCAAUCCCAACAUUGGAGAGUACUUGCCAAAACUACACACGUUGGUUCUUACAAAUAAUAGGCUUGUCAAUUUGGCGGAGAUUGAUCCUCUCUCAUCUCUUCCAAAGCUGCAGUUCCUUAGUCUUUUGGAUAAUACCAUUACAAAAAAGCCAAAUUAUAGGCUGUACGUGAUUCAUAAACUAAAAUCACUCCGGGUUCUUGAUUUUAAGAAAGUCAAAGCCAAGGAGAGAGCAGAAGCAGAACAUUUGUUUUCAUCCAAAGAGGUUGAAGAAGAGGCUAAAAGGGAAUCUGUCAAGACAUUCACUCCAGGUGAGAUUCCAAAUAUCCCAGAAGUUGCAGAGGAACAACAGGCUCCUAAAGUGGUUGCCCCUACACCUGAGCAGAUUAUAGCAAUCAAGGCUGCCAUUGUCAAUUCCCAGACUCUUGAAGAGGUGGCAAGACUUGAGAAGGCAUUAAACUCCGGCCAGCUUCCUGCAGAUCUUAAAAUUUUGGAUGAUACUGGAUCAAACAGUGUCAAAGAACAAGAUGACAAAAUGGCUACUGACAGUCAAAAUGAGGCUGAACCAAACAAUUUGGAGGAACAGAAGGAUAAUGAAGCCACACCUAUGGAACAGGAAUAAGAGCUACUUCAAAUCCAGUCCACAAGGGAAGGUGUUAGCAUUCCUGACGAGUGCUUUGACAACAACGAAGUUACGGUUUUGUUGAGAAUUUAAUCAGUUUUGCAGGGAUCCUCUUAUGUGCAAUUAUUUAAGCUUCCCCCCUUUUUUCUUUCAGUCAUUUCUUGCUCACGAGGCAUGUAUUACUGACCUUCUGGGGAUGUAUACAGGUUGACUGACCUUUUACUGAUAGGUUAGCCCUAAUUAGCUGCCAUCUUUACAUGUAUGUCGUCCGGUUUCUGAUUUAAAACAAGAUGAAUAUUACUUAUGCUUAAAACGCACAAUUCAGAUGGUUAUAUAUCUGCUCUUCUUUUGGAUGAUAA